GUUUGUUUAGUUUCCGUUCUGUCGUCCACCAUAAUGUGUUUCGCUUUGUGAAAUUAGAAAAAAUGCUGUCCAACAAACGUCUCGUCGCUGUUUGCGCGAUUGCCUUCUGCUGCAACGUAGCUGUGCUGGUGCUCUUCGUCAGCUACAACGCCUAUGAAAGAUGUUAUGUCACAAUAGACGAGCAACAAGAGGUAACAGCGGUUCUCCCUACCGACUUUCUCAGCAUCGGAAUUGAUACAUCUCAAGUAGAAGAUUUCGACAGACUAGAUUUUUUAAAUAAACGCUUUGUAGAACUAGCCUCCGAGUUGUCUCCGGCUCGCAUGCGCCUCGGCGGGACUAUGUCCGACAGACUCAUAUUUAGCACCUUGCCAGAAACUAUCAGCUGCGAACACUGCCACGACGGAAACCAGACCGGCCACGCCUGUGGCGCACUGAAAAAACUUUGCAAACACAAAUUCUUGCCAUUCUUCAUUUUGACUGGUCAAAAAUGGGACGAAAUUAACUCCUUCUGUUCCAAAACUCAUAUCAAAUUAUUGUUCACCCUCAAUGUGCUCCUGCGCGACCACCACGCCUGGGACGAGCGCAACGCUCGCGCCCUGCUCGCCCACUCCCACCGGCGGCACUACAAGAUAGACUGGCAGCUGGGUAACGAACCAAAUUCAUUCCCACAUGUUUAUAACACCACCAUUACCCCCAAAUCUUUAGCCAAAGAUUUCAAGAAACUACGAAAACUUUUGAAUGAAACUGGGUAUGGUAACUCAUUACUGGUGGGCCCUGACACUACUCGUCCUCAAGAGAAGCGCCCAGAAUGCCUCAAGUACAUGGUAGAUUUUUUGGGAAAUGGUUCCAAUUACAUUAAUGUCCGUUCCUGGCAUCAAUAUUAUUUAAACAGUAGAACUGCCAAAUUAGAAGAUUUUUGGGAUCCAGACACAUUUGAUUUGUUGGAUGAGCAAAUAAAGACUAUGAAGUCACAUACCAAGAACUAUGAUCAUAUGCCGAUGUGGCUCACUGAAACUAGCAGUUCCUACGGAGGCGGUGCUCCGGGCCUGUCCAACUCCUUUGCUGGCUCUCCCUUGUGGCUGGACAAGCUGGGGCUCUCUGCAAAAUAUAACAUCACCACUGUGGUACGGCAAAGUUUUUAUGGUGGAAACUAUAGUUUGAUUGACACAGAAUUGGAACCUCUGCCUGAUUGGUGGGUGAGUGUUUUGUACAAGAGACUUGUCGGAAGCAAAGUCCUGCAUAUUGACUGUCAGUGCUCUCGAUUCCAGAGGAUGUAUGCUCAUUGUGCAAAUAGAAGAUACACAAAUGACACAUCGGCUAUAACUGUUUAUGCUGUAAAUUUAGUGAUGGCUAAAGCUCGUUUUCUUAUCAAUGGGACAGCUAUUCAUGGCAAAGAUUUGCUAAUUGACGAAUACAUUAUCAGUGCCCCUUCAAACAACAGAAGAACGAAAACUGUGCUACUAAAUGGCUGGCCGUUGUACUAUGAAUCAUCGUUGCCUGACUUGCAGCCACGCCACCUCAAGUAUGGCAACCACAUUUCUAUGCCUCCGUACUCCAUUGGCUUCUGGGUCAUCAAGAACACAUCCAUAAAAGUUUGUAUGUAAAACUCCAUUAAUUUUAAGUACCUACCUACUUAGCUACAUUGGUUUUACUUAACAUUGUACAUAAUAUAUUUUAUGUACUGUUCAAAGAAAAUACCCUAUAGAUGUUGCAGUUUUAUAUAUUUACAGGUAAUUGUACCACUUAUAUAUUUUUAAGAGUGUGAGGAGCACCUGCAUUCUCAUUGUAGUUUCACAUGAUCUCAACAUUAUUAGUAUGAGCGUAUUGACCAGCCCAGUGCUUAAAAAUGUAAUAUAGCCAUUACAAUACAGGGUACAUUGUAAUUUAACACAUUUCUAAACACAUUAGGAGUAAAAUCUGUACUUUUUCUUCACUACUUCUAUAAAUAAUGUGAUAAAUUACAAUACCUCCUGUAUGUUUUAGUUAAAUCUUUAAUUUUAAUUAUUCUGUUAGAAUCAAAAAUCUCAUGUUUAGUCUACAUUCCAAGUCUACCUAUUAUAGUUCAAUUGAUUUUUUAUUAAUUAAAAUGAAAACAAUUGAUUAAAGCCUUUUAUUAAAGGCUAAUUAAUUUAUAGACAUUUCCGGAAACGUUUCAUCAUCAAUAUUAGCGUUUGUGAUAUUGAUUGGGUUGCAAAAGAAAAAAAUAUUUUGUCCUAAGAUACAUAAGUGAAAAAACAUAACUCUACGAAGUUGAUCACUUAUUCUGUUAUUAUUGCAUUAAUGUUUACAUGUUCAGAUUUUACUAAAUAUUAAUUACAGAGAAAUAAUAUUUACUAGAUGUCGUUUAUUAAAGUUAUCUCUUGCAAGUCCUCAAUUGCCAGCCUUGUCCGCUAGUCAAGGAGUGCAUCUGACAUUGAACUGUCUCAGCAUGAUAAAUGGCUCCAAUUGCAUGUAUAUUUGCAGAAUUGGCGCGUUAACGCCAAUCACAUGCGCCCGUACGGCGGACAUUGUAAUGCAUUUGAGUGGCCACUGCAUCUAUAUGAUCACAAGUGCCUUUAUAACACUUCCUUCAAUAGAUGGCAAUAAAGUGUGAUAAACAUUCUAAUUUAAACUAUAUACCUACCUUUAUAGUUCUUAUACAUGUACUUGAAUGUAACUAAGGUCGAUGAUUGAACUGGGCAAUAUAGAUGUAAUCAAUAUUAUUACAAUUGCGAAGCGAAGCUUUCUAAUCGAUUUCUAUGUCGUAUUAGUCGCUGCUUAGGCCGUUGUUUUGUAAACAUUUCUUUUUGUAAAUGUUUACUGUGGAACGUCGAUGUGUUUACGUCCAUGACAUACAGAUUAGCUUGUUGUCCCUGCGUACACUUACGUGCGUAACUUACCUAUGUAGAGACCCUCCGAAUAAAUCGAUAAUAUGAGAAAAUGAGAAGGUAUUUCCAAGUUUAUGAGGAAUUUUGUUAUUUCAAUCGAGCAUUUCAUUAUGAUUUAAAACGUAAAUUCCGUAAAUAAGCAUUAGAUAGACUAGACCUCGGGCCGAAGUGCAAUUGAAUACUUAUGCCAAUUAAUGUCGUCUUUCUAAUUGCUAUGAAAUAAUUUAAUUUUUAUUAUACAUGUUUGAGGUUUAGCCUUAAUAAAGUAGGAAUUAGAUUAAGCUUUCUUUUAAAGGCAAUGUAAGAUGUUCUGUACGGCUAGCACGAAAAACUUUCGAGUUCGAAUCGUUUGCGUAUUUGAAUCGCCAUCAAAAGAUUUAGUACGAAAGCUACAAUAGCGCCCUUGUGAACGUGUCGUAAAGUGAACUUACUAUGAGAAAUGGUUGCACAAAACUUAUUUUGAGAAUCAAAAUUGUCACGUUAUCGUUUAAUUUGAAGGUUGAGUAUCGAAUUUUGUCGAAUACGCAAACGAUUCGAAGACGAAAGUUAUUAAUGCUAGAGGUACUGUUUUAAAAUAUCGUCAUGCUUCUACCAGUGUAAAGAUACGUAUUUACGUAGAGAUAGUUGUAAAGUUGUGUACCCAGCUGAUAAUAUUCUUCACCGGGCAAGUUUAUCUCAAUGUCAAUUCCUUGUCGGAUGGCCUUGGCUAACGAGCGAAUGUGUGCGAAAUAUUCUGCUGAAAUUGUCUACUUAAGCUAAAACAUGAGGCUAUUAUGUCAGUCACUGCCAUUUUCAAUCUUAUGCUACUUCCAAAGAGUAUGUUUUGGAUCAUGUCGAUCUUUCAUAACGCUCGUUGGAACCAAUAUAUGUAAUGAAAACCUUAUUUCCUUAUUAUGAACCUGUGUUUUAGAACGUUUAUAAAUAUAUUUUUCUAUAAUAUGUAUGUGUACCUAAAUGUUAAUGUGUUAUAAUAUUAUGUUUGUCAGUCAUGUCUUCAUAA